CAAAAUGGUUGAAAACUAAAGUUGGCAAACAAAGAAAGGCAGCGUAAAAGAGGAUUUUGUGGUGAAAAAUCAGUUUUAUUGAGUGAAAGUUAGCUAGAUUAGUGUGUGAUAGGUGUUUUGUGCACAAUGUUGGAUUUAGAAAUCGUUCCCGAACGUUCCCUGGGCUGCGAGGCCUGGGAGUUUGUUCUGGGAAUGCAUUUCUCCCAGGCGGUGUCUAUCAUACAGAGUCAAGUGGGCACAAUAAGAGGCGUACAAGUCCUCUACAGCGAUCAGAAUCCACUAUCAGUAGACCUAGUAAUAAAUAUGCCACAGGACGGUAUCCGGUUAAUAUUCGACCCUGUAGCGCAGCGGCUGAAGAUUAUAGAAAUAUACAAUAUGAAAUUAGUUAAGCUUAGGUAUAGUGGUAUGUGCUUCAACUCGCCAGAGAUCACGCCGUCUAUCGAGCAAGUUGAGCACUGCUUUGGAGCGACGCACCCAGGCCUCUACGACAGCCAGAGGCACCUGUUCGCGCUUAACUUUAGGGGGCUGUCCUUCUAUUUUCCUGUCGAUAGUAAAUUUGAGCCCGGAUACGCACACGGUUUAGGCUCGCUUCAGUUCCCGAACGGCGGCUCGCCCGUCGUCUCCCGAACGACGAUAUACUACGGGUCACAGCACCAGUUGACAAGAUCAGCCAGUGGCGGAAGAUGUACAGCGCCUUUAGCUGAUCUGCCUCUAUCUUGUUACAAACACCAGUUACACUUACGAAGGUGUGAUGUACUACGGUCAGCGACAGCUACUCUUGGACUGCGGUUGCACAUUUAUACUGAAGGUAUCCGAUCAGGUGAGCCGGCGUCCGCAAGAAGGCGUGUGGUGCGUUUCGGUGACAGCUGUCAAGAGGUUUCGCGUGCGUUAGCCGCACCCGCGCGUCUUUACUACAAAGCGGACGAUAAGAUGCGCAUCCACCGGCCCACCGCCCGCCGUCGCCCCCCUCCCGCUUCAGACUACUUCUUCAAUUACUUUACACUUGGUCUGGACGUAUUGUUUGAUGCGCGCACGCAUCAAGUGAAGAAGUUCGUGCUGCACACCAACUACCCCGGCCACUAUAACUUCAACAUGUACCAUAGAUGCGAGUUCGAGCUCAACGUUCAACCUGACAAGUGUGAAUCAAACGCACUGGUGGAGUCCCGCGGAGCUGUCUGCAUAACUGCGUACAGUAAAUGGGAGAGCGUUUCGCGUGCGUUGCGCGUUUGCGAGCGGCCCGUGGUGUUGAACCGCGCGUCCUCAACUAACACAACCAAUCCCUUCGGAUCUACCUUCUGCUACGGUUACCAGGACAUGAUCUUUGAGGUGAUGUCGAAUAACUACAUAGCGUCGAUAACUCUAUACCAACCCGAGGGCACCCGACCACAUUACGCCGUCAGCUCCAUCGCGUGACAUACCAAGGUAUCUCCAAGCAAAGGUAAAAAGUUCACAUCCUGAAAACAGUCAGUUUGUCAGUAAACACAAACCAUACCACUUCACUAGUGUGGCAACACUGCACAAGUGCACAGCUCGUCGCACGUACCCUCUGACAAAGUGAAACAUAUCCUGAAAACAAGCAACAUAAGAGGUAACAGUAUUUAACAAAAAAAAAAAUGUGAUAAAAACUGUGAAAAAAAAACUAUAAAAAAAAUAAAAGUGAGUGACCGAUCUCAAGGCGUGUUAAAUAAGUUUUAUUUAAUUCCUUAGCAGCAAUGGACAGUAAAAAAAUUUUUUUUUUAAUCAUGUAGCUUUGUAAGUUAAUAGACAAGGUUUCUCAUAAUAAUCGUAAUGAUUAAUAAAUAAAAUAAUUAGUCGAAUGUGUUCUUAAGUUUUACAACUUAUAAAAAUCUGAAUUUUUCAUGAAAAAAAAAGGAAACAUAGACUUUAAGAUGUUGUAAAUAUUUUUGGAUUGGAGAGAACGAUAUAAUAUCAUAAAUCGAAUGUAUUUUUUCUAAAUUGAAGCCAUUUGCUAGGGCUUGUGUUAUUGUGAUAAAAAUUACUAAAAAAAAAUGUGCAAAAAAUAUUCUUUUUCUUAACAGCACCACGAUGUUGCCAUGGAUGGCUUUUUACUAGUUUAUAGAGUUAUUUAAUUUAUGUAAAAUAUUAGACACUAUAGUUGACAAAAAUGUUUUCGGUGAUCAAUUAUUCUAAAAUAAAAUGACUAAUAUUUUUGUAAUAGAAAUAGUGCACACUGUAAAAAUUAUUAAAAAAAAGUUUAGAGAUUUUUAGUUUUUUUUUUUCUAAUAUAAAAUCUCAGCACGGUAAAAUACGCCCUUUGGGAAAAUGGUAAAAAAAAAAUUGCUGUUUGGCAGGUGUCAAACAAGACAGGUGUGCAAAGUUGCUAUUAUGAAUUCAUAGUCUUAAAUUUUUUAUAUCACUUCGUUGUUGUACGUUAUUCAUCUACAAAUUAUUUUUAGUUAAUUUUCGAUUUCUUUACAAUUUUAUUUACAAGUGGUGGGGUUAAAU